AAGUGAGUUGUUCGAGUAAACAUUGUUUUAACCCUCGUCCUAACGAGGGGUCAGUCUAUAAACUAGAAGUGGUCAAGCUGAUCGAUGCUGUGUUUUCCCACGGAUUAAGUUGAUAGAGUUUAGCGAUGAUGUACAUGUAUCACCCCCAAUCUUGUUUGAUUUUUCUAUCUUGAUCUUUCUUCUUAGGACAACUUAUAUAGGUUGUGACAACACAAGUACUGUAAACUUGCUGAAAGAUGAAUUCAGUAAUUAGAGGUUGGAUAUUAGAAUUGUUUUGAAGAAGGAUCAAAAAAAUGUGGAAGUUGACAGAAGCAGUUUAAAUUUAAGGUAUUUAGACCUUUUUCUGCAGUGUCGGAAGAUAAAAACUAGACUUAUGCAUAUUUGAACAACAAGAUAAGAAAUUUUGGCAUGUUUUGGAUCUUGUCCAAAAUUGUGUUCUGAGUUUAAUGCCCUAGAUUUGCAUUUUUAUUAGUUUGUGUUUUAUUUGAGGAAAACUUUAAAAAAUUCCAUUGUUAAUGAAAAGAAGAAAAAAGAUAUAUAAAGAACAUGAGUUAAGUAAGAUAAAGAUAAAAGGAGAAUUGUUUGGUGAAUAAUAAUAUGGACCGAGGAUCAACCUAAUACUCAUUAAUCAGACGUAAACACAAUCACACACACCAUCAACUGUCAUGUGAAGACACAGUGUUUGAAGAGCUAGUUAAUCAAUUCCAGUAUGUAUUGAAAAAAGAAGAAAUUACAAUUUGAAGCUCCAACUGGGCUAUAUAUUGCAGCUAAUUUUGAAAUGAAAGCCCAGGCCUAGUGUAUAUAAACCCCACUAUAGAAAACAGAAUUGAUUUGAGGGUGUACUACUACAGGUAUAAAGAAAGCAAGUUGAUCCACUGUUUAAAGCAAACAACAGUUUGUAUUGGUCGAUCAUAUAAAGUACUUAAACGAUUUUCAUUUCUCAGCUUUUCACUAAUAAUACAAACAUCAAUACAGCCAUUACAGGUUUAACAGUUCUCACGAUGGAUAGAUAGUACAUCGCAGAAACCAGGUCUGGAUAAGAUAACUGCCAGGACCCUGCAACUUACAGACUUACAACAAACGAGAAUUCCUUCAGGAUUAACUUUUUUUAAAAAAAAAAGAGAAAAAUUUAUACUGCCGAGGGAGAAUAAUAUCCGAAAAAUCCAAUCAUUCAUCCAAACCAUAACUGUGAUAUUUUAAUUUUUUUUUCAUAGUUUUAUUUCCAAAAUGGCAAGUUUCUUUCGUAGAAGACGAGGAUUGUUAUUUAAGGCCAUUAUCGCCGUUCCGUUAAUAUGGAUAUUAGCUGUGUUGUUAUUCAGUUCUAGUGGCAAAUUGACGUCCAGUCAAAAUGAUUUGUCAGUGGACAUAGAUAAACGAGAAAAACCUCUACAUCCGCCACCCAAGUCCCUUAAUAUAGAAAAGAAUUUUAAAAAUCUUGACAAUCAAAUAGACAGUGAACCUUUAGGACACGAUCGCAAGAUCCACGAAGUUGAUAGAAAUAUAGAAAGUAGAAAAUUAGAUGAUAAUUUAGAUAGUCGCGAACGUAAGAGUCGACAGCGUGAAAAGGAUAUGAAGUUAAGGUUUGAGCCUCGAGAAGAAGAUAACGAUGACACAGUAGAAAAAAAUCAUGACCCUAACGGGCCUGGUGAACAAGGUAAACCCAUCAAUAUUAAUAAAGAUACAUUAUCCAGUGACGAACGUAAAAAAUAUGACGAUGGUUGGCAGAAGAACGCCUACAACCAGUACGUCAGUGACAUGAUGUCAUUACAUCGGAGUUUACCAGACGUCAGAGACGUAGAAUGUAAAGAUGAAAAAUAUCGUAGAAAUCUUCCCGAUACGAGCGUAGUGGUGUGUUUCCAUAAUGAAGCCUGGACAGUAUUAUUGCGUACCAUACACAGUAUUUUAGAUCGAUCUCCGAAACACCUUAUUAAAGAAAUUAUACUGGUUGAUGAUUUCUCUGAUAUGGAUCAUUUAAAGAAACCAUUACAAGAGUACACAGAAAAGUUAGGGAAGGUGAAAAUAGUUAGAGCAAAGAAACGAGAAGGAUUAAUCCGAGCUCGAUUAUUAGGUUUUGCCGCUGCCACGGCAGAUACAGUAACAUUCCUAGAUUCUCAUUGUGAAUGUACAGAAGGUUGGUUAGAGCCUCUACUGGAUCGUAUUGCUGAAAAUAAAACAACAGUUGUCUGUCCAGUUAUUGACGUCAUAGAAGACGACACAUUUAAAUAUCAAUAUGGCAGUGCCAAAGCUACAAGUAUCGGUGGUUUUGAUUGGAACAUGCAGUUUACAUGGCAUGCUAUUCCUGAAUAUGAAAGAAGACGUAGAAACAAUGAUAUUGCUCCACUCAGAUCACCUACAAUGGCUGGAGGAUUAUUUACUAUUAGUAGAGAAUAUUUUGAACAUUUAGGAACGUAUGAUCCAGGAAUGGAUAUCUGGGGUGGUGAAAAUUUAGAGCUUUCUUUUAGGGUGUGGAUGUGUGGUGGUACGCUAGAAAUUAUUCCCUGUUCUCAUGUAGGUCAUAUUUUCCGUAAACGAAGUCCGUAUAAAUGGAGAACUGGAGUAAAUGUAGUGAAGAAGAAUUCUGUGCGUUUAGCGGAAGUUUGGAUGGAUGAAUAUAGAGAUUAUUAUUAUGAAAGAUUUAACCAUGACUUGGGUGAUUUUGGUGAUGUUACAGCCCGAAAAGAAUUGCGUAAAAACUUACAGUGUAAAAGUUUUGAUUGGUUUGUGAAGAAUGUUUAUCCAGAUUUAUUUGUACCUGGAGAAUCUAUUGCUUCAGGGGAGAUAAGAAGUAAAGCUAAACCUAUGUGUAUAGAUAGUCCAUCUGAUCACCAUAGUUACCAUAAACCAGUCAACAUGUGGCCAUGUCACGCACAAGGUGGAAAUCAGUAUUGGAUGUUGAGUAAAAACAGUGAAAUACGACGAGAUGACGGAUGUUUAGAUUAUUCGGGAGGUGAAGAUGUUAUUAUCUACCCUUGUCAUGGGCAGAAGGGAAAUCAAGAAUGGCAGUACAGAGCGGAUAACACUUUGUUCCAUGUCAACACACAAAAAUGUGCCGAGGUUUCAGUUGACGGGAAAAAAUUACUGAUGAAACACUGUACAGGAGUAGAUCGUCAAUUAUGGAAGUGGAAGAAGAAAACGCCCAAAAGUUAAUAAAUUCAUUCCAUUGAAAUCUUCUGUGUAGUGUGAUCAGGGGUUAAAUGGGGUUGGGUAGGGUUCAAAGGUCAUGACUGGGGUCAUGACUUAUAUAUAUAUAUACAUAUGUGUGUGUGUCUGUGUAUUAAUGAACAUAGUGCCUAUGCAAUUACCAAACUCAUCAUAUGGCUGUGAUUAACGGUUCAUUUGCCUUCUUUAUUGUAAACUUUUACUCUCCAAUCAUUGGUCGGAUGGUUAAUGUUGAAUAUUCAUAAGCUGAUAGAUCUAAUAUCAACUGUAAUUAAUUCAUUUGUCAUUUAUUAGAUGAUAACUUUAAUAUUAGGCAUUUUAUUUCUUUAUUUACUUAAGAUAUAUCUGUAGCUACUUAUUGAGUCAUUUCUAUAUUUAGACCAGGAGAAGUAAAUAUAUACAUACUUGAUAAGUCAUUUCUAUAUAUUUACUUAGACUAAGUCAUGCAGUCAUAAUAAGUAAGUCAUUUGUACUUCAUUUCUUAGAUCUUCAUUUUCUUAGAAUUGUAAGUUAUUGCCUACUUAUAUAUAGAGGAUAUUUGUCAUUUUAGAGUGAAUAACAUAUUUUAUUUCAUCGAGGAGCAAGAAAACUUAUAUUUUCACGAAUGCGUAGCAUGAGUGAAAAUAUAAACGUUUUCUUGCUUAGAGAUGAAAUAAAAUAUGUUAUUCACGACAAAACGACAAAUGUUCUCUUUAUUUUAUGAUUUUACAAUCAUUUUAGGUAAAAACAACUAGCCAGUGGAAUAACACUUUUAUUUCACUGAUAAAACGCGGUAUUCCACUACUGAUCAUAAAAUAAAAUAAGUUAUUACAUUUUUAAUCAAUCAGCCAUACUUACUGGUCAUUUGUACUUUAUUCAUUUUGAUUAAUACUUAAUUUUCCAAACAAAUUUUGUUAUCAUUUAUUUGUACAAUUAUGAUUAAUCACUCACUGAUUUAAAUUUAUUAUUUAUUUCAUAGUUGACUUGAUCAUCUAUUCUAUAUUUAACUCGAUCAUCUAUUCUAUAUUUCACUCAAUCAUCUAUUCUAUAGUUGACUUGAUAUAUUUGAUCAUCUAUCCUAUAUUUGACUCAGUCAUCUAUUCUAUAUUUGACUCAGUCAUCUAUUCUAUAUUUGACUCAGUCAUCUAUACUAUGAUUGACUUGCAUAUAUUUGAUUUGUCAAAGAAUCUGCAUCAUUUGAAUUUUAUCUUUUGUCAGCAGUAAUCGUUAACAGCGUUCUAUUGAUGAUUUGAUUGUAUGGCACUUUUAGAACAUUCCAAACAUGAGAAAAGUUGAGGUGUAAAAAACGGAAUAGAGUUAUGUACUUUCAUACUAGUUAAAAUUCCUGGAAAUUUGUUGUCUGCAAAUAAUGAAGUGAUUUCAGGUUUUAAUUAUUCAGUUAUAGACACCAUGAUUUUCACCACUCAGGCAACGCCUUUAUUAAAGUCAGUAAUGUAAUAUUACAUUUCAUGAUAGGUAAAAACUUCACUCCUAUGGCCCUGGGGCUAAAUUCAAGAAAAAACCUAAACUAAAAUAUCUGGAGAAUGCAGCCUCUUCAUUGGCCAAGAUUGAAAAUCUGUGAUAGCCAAUGAACUAUCAGUAUUCUUAAAAUAUUUUAGUUUAUGUUUAACCCAUGACAUUGGCUGAUGAAUGGUUUAACCCAUGACAUUGGCUGAUGAAUGGUUUAACCCAUGACAUUGGCUGAUGAAUGGUUGCAAUCAAUCGGCCAGUUUUGUAACAGUUGUAACAGAUGAUAGUAAUUUGUCGUUGCUCGUGGGUUGAUGUAGAGUUAUAUAAUGAUGCUUGUUUUAUUGUGAAGUCGGUCUUAAGAAAUCCAAAAUGAUCAUCAAACUUUAUACAAUAUAUUUGUUACGUUUUAUGUUUGAAAAUCCCUUUUUCCCCCCCAAACCCCCUUUUUAUUGCAGUCCUCCUAAAUCCUUUUUUCAGAUCCAUUAAUAAAAGGGGUGGAUACAACUUCAGGGACCUCAUAUAUGUACGUAUUUGUCAUUUUAUUUCAAAUCUACUUGCACUUUGAUCAUGACUUCUCAGUUUAUAAGAAUAUAGAAUAUACAUCUAUAAAAAUUUGUUGCUUUUUAAGAGAUAUUUAUCAUGCUAGAUAUUAUUAUAAUUAAUAAUUGUUGAUUAUUUUAAUAAUUGUUAAUGAGCUUUGGUAUGAGACGUAGAUCUUGUGGGUGUAUGUUUUGUUGCCUGGCAACCCAUCAGUGUAUUACCCGCAGAUCUUGUUUAGUACCAAAGCUAAAAUAUCAUUGGCUCGGCUUUUCACCAUGAUGGUGGCUUCAGGUUUUAGAUAUUGUCUCUUUCAUGUCCUUGAAUUUGUAAUUUUAUUCGUUUUGGAAUGUUUGUUAGAGAAAUUAUUAAAGAUUUUAUGUUAUUUGGUAAAAUCUGGCUAUGCAAAAAAUGGUCGAUCAGGAUGAAGGAUAGAUCACAGGUAAAUAUGAAAUAUUUACAAUCAGUUAUUCAAAAAAAAUGACCUAUGUGGAUUGACAGAACCUUCAAUCUGUCUGCAGUUGUUGCCUCUCUUGUCAUUCCAACUGCCAUCAUUUUGCUAGUCUGUUUUUGCCUUAUAAGGGUAUGUUAUGAUUAUAUAUUUAUAAAUAGUGUUUACAUUAUUAGAGAUUAUUUAUUGAAUGAUUAGAUAUAUAUGAAUUGUUUUGUACAUAUCCUUUAAAAUGUUUUGAUUUUUUGAUUUUUAGAAAUGCUUAUCUGCUGACUUUGCGUAAAAUUUUGGUUUGAAAACACGUUUGUAUUGGGAAAAAGUCCCUGGUAUAGUAUAUAAACACGUUUCUGUAGGUAUCCUCUUAGCUUUACAAACUAUUAAACGGGCAUUAUGGAAUAUUAGAUAAAGAGCUGACAGUUCUCACUAUAAUAGUUAAAAGCUAGAUAAUGUAAAGGGAAUAUGCUGAAAAUUUCAGCGUUUGAAUUUUAGGCCUAGCCUCGAUCAUCAUUACUAAAGUCGGUAUGAUAAAAAACAUAGUCUUGAUUAUCCAUUUUUAUACGUCCACAUUCAUAAUGUGAACGUAUUAUGCCGUCGCCCCUGUCUGUGUGUGUGUGUGUGUGUAUGUAUGUAUGUGUGUGUGUGUGUGUGUGUGUGUGUGUGUCUGUGGUUCGCCUACAGGGCGCAAUUCUUCAUGGAUUUUCUUCAAACUUGGUAUACUUAUUCCUUAUACCCCAAGGAAGAUCCCUAUUGUUUUUGGUGCAUGCCCGACCCCCCGGGGCAGAGCCACGCCCAUUUCUAGUAUUUGUUUGUUUGUCGUCUACAGGCCACAUUUCUUAACUAAUAAUCUUGAAACUUUGCAUACACAUUCUUUGUACCCUAAGGAACAUCCCUAUCGUUUGGGGUGCAUGCCCAACCCCCAGGGGCAGAGCCACGCCCAUUUUCUUUUCGUGUGUCUUUGUGUCGCCUACAGGGCGCAAUUCUUACUGGAUUUUCUUCAAACUUGGUAUACUUAUUCCUUAUACCCCAAGGAAGAUCCCUAUUGUUUUUGGUGCAUGCCCGACCCCCAGGGGCAGAGCCACGCCCAUUUUUUGUAUUUCUUUGUUUGUCAUCUACAGGCCCCAUUUCUUAACGUAUCAUAUUGAAACUUUGCAUACUUAUUCUUUGUACCCUAAGGAACAUCCCUAUCGUUUGGGGUGCAUGCCCAACCCCCAGGGACAGAGCCACGCCCGUUUUCUUUUUGUGUGGCUGUGUGUCGCCUACAGGCCACAAUUUUUAAGUCAUCACCUUGAAUCUUUACAUACUUGUUCCUUAUACCCUAAGGAUGAUCCCUAUUGUUUUUUGUGCAUUCCCGAUCCCCAGGGGCAGAGCCACGCCCAUUUCUUGUAUUUGUUUGUUUGUCGUCUACAGGCCGCAUUUCUUAACGCAUCAUAUUGAAACUUUGCAUACUUUUUCUUUAUACCCUAAGGAACACCCCUAUCGUUUGGGGCGCAUGCCGAACCCCCAGGGCCAGAGCCACGCCCAUUUUCUCUCUGUGUGUCUGUGUGUCGCCUACAGGCCACAAUUCUUAAUCGAUCGUCUUGAAAAAAUUUCAUAUGAAUUCCUUAUACCCUAAGGAUGAUCCCUAUUGUUCUUGGUGCAUGCCCGACCCCCAGUGGCAGAGCCACGCCCAUUUCUUGUAUUCAUUGUUUGUUAUCUACAGACCGCAUUUCGUAACGUAUCACCUUGAAACUUUGCAUGCUUACUCCUUCUAUCCUAAGGAACAUCCCUAUUGUUUGUGGUGAAUGCCCAGCCCCCAGGGACAGAGCCACACCCAUUUUCUUUUUGUGUGUCUGUAUGUCACUUACAGCCUGCAAUGCUUAAUCGAUCAUCUUGAAAACUUUUUUAUACUUAUACGUUAUACCCCAAGGCUGACCUCUAUUUUUUUGGUGAUUGCCCAACCCCCAGGGGCAGAGCCACACCCAUUUUUUUCUUUGUGUCUCUGUGAGUUGCAUACAGGCCACGAUUCCUAAUGGAUUGUCUUUGAACUUGGGAUAUGUUUUCCUUAUAGCCUAAGGACGACAACUGCAUGUCACACCCCCAGGGGCAGAGUCACGCCCAAUUUUUAUGUUUAUCGUUUACAGGCCCGAAUUCUGGAUGGAUCAACUUGGUAUUUGGCAUAUGUAUUCCUUAUAGCCUAAGGGCAUCAACUAUUGAUUUUGGUGAAUGCCCCAACGCCCAGGGGCAGAGCAACGUCCAGGGGCAGAGCAACGCCCAAUUUUUGCCUUUAACGCCCAAAGGCCACAAUUCUGAAAGGAUUAUUUUGGAACUUGGUGUACUUAUUCCUUAUACCCUAAGGACGGCAACUAUUGAUGUUGCCAUUUCAAUAACAGAAUGGUACCUGUUUAUAUUGUUUCCAUAUCCAACCCCCAUGGGCAGAGCCACGCCCAGUUUUUGUAUUUAUCGUCUACAGACUGCAAUUCUGAAUGGAUCAUCUUGGAACUUUGCAUAUUUAUUCCUUAUACCAUAAAGACAGCAACAAUUUAUUUUGAUACUUGCCCCGACCUCUUGGGGCAGUGUCACACCCACUUUAUUGUUAGUAUUUUGUCUGUAAAUUUGGCAAAACAAACCCGACGCCUAGCCUUCUUUGCCUCUGAUCAUAUUACAGCCAUUUCAUUUUCAUUCUCUUCAUUUUAAAAAGUACCAUAUCAAUCAAAGCUGGAAUGUGGACGUAUAUUGCAGCGUUAGCAAUGCUCUUGUUAGAUUAAAUCAUCAAUGAUCGUUGAGCAGCAAAUCAGAUUCAAAUCCAGGGAAAACCAUGUUAAUUUAUGUUUAAUUAAUAAUUCAGAUAACAUUUCAGACCUAAAGAAAGACCUGCAAUAGACAGAUUUAGCUCCUGCAUAAUGUAUAUUUAAUGAGGAUACUUGUUGAAAUGUUUGCUUAUAUAUUAAACCAGUGAUUGUUUUGUAACUGAUUCAUAAAAAUCGGGACAUAUGGAAUUUCAUUUUAACCAGAAGUGGCUUGGUAUUUGACCAGAACAUUAAUGUAUUUAAGAAAUUAAAAUAAAGAGUAAAAAUAUUUUUAAAAAUGAUAAUAGACUAGACAAAACUUACACACAACUAAAACUUACCACCACCAAAAUAUAUCUACCAAAGAUGAUGUUCCGAUGUAGUUUGUUUUUAUCGUAUCUUUUCUGUUCUUUACAAUAGUUUGUAUUUAUCACAUCAUUGGGUAAUUCAGGAUCCUAUUUAAUAGAAACUCAGAUCUCUUGAAAACAAUUUUAAUCUCAGAUUUGAAUUUUAAGAAUGUAAUAUCAUUAUGACAGGGCUCUUGAAAUUCGAAUUUCAAAUAUUUUAACCUUAAAAUAUGAAAAAUACAGUUAAAUUUAUAGCUUUUAUUUGUAAAAUUGCUUAAAUAUAUAUAUAUAUAUAUAUAAGAGAAUUGGGAUAACAGUAAAAUUUGUCAAUAUAUUCUUUGAACAAAAUAUCUGGCUAAUGUGAGGUAAACUAAUUAGAUGAAAAACUGUCAAAUUUUGAAAUGAAAGCCGUGGACUCUGAUAUACUGAUUUAACUCAGUGGUUUUUAUGUUAAAAUUGAUUUGAGAAGAAUUAAAUUUGAUGGCAUAUUUCUUUAUUAUGUAUGAUAAUCAAGUCUGAACUUCAAACCCACCCCUUAUAAUUUAUUUCUGGACAUUCAUUAUUAUCAUGAAAUAGUCCUGGGAGAUCAAGACUUGACAUAUAUAUAUCUUUUCGUAUCAUUCCUGUCUCAAUUUAUAACGCUGGUAAAUUUCAUCCUCAUAUUAGAUAAAUCAACAUUUCACUAAAUAUCUUUUAGUGGUAUUCAUAACAUCACACAUUACUUUCUAAUAAUUCUUGUCCAUCAUGUGUCUUGUGUUUUUCAUUGAUGGUGGACAAAAAUUGGCAGACCUCUUGGAAUAGGGUCCAAAAUUAAAUCGUCCAUUUCAUUGGAUUUUAUAAGUUGAUUUGUUUUGUGGAAUGACACUCUGUCUUCGUUGAAAAUUUUACAUCUAUAAGAUUUAACCGAUUUUGUGUUCCCCUGUUAACAGAGAAAACGAAAAGAGUUUAAAAAAAACCCCCAAAAUUAGUGAAUAAACUGACUAACAAGCUUGUCCCAUCACUAUACCAAAUCACACACCCCAUCAACAAACUCAAUACUUUAUUUUGACCUAAAUUAAACAGAUUCAGGUCCUUUAUAUUACACCAUUCUGUUUAUAAAACAAAUCAUAAAUUGAUUUCAGAUUCAUAUAAUUUAAUAUUUUCACUUAUAAAAAUCACAUUCUCAAAAUCAUAUUGAAAUAAAUUUACGCAAAAGCAAGUGUUUUUGUUGUCAGAUUUCAAUAGAUCAGCAAUUUUUGUAGCUAACCUAUUAUGGUGCUGUGUGUGUACUUUGUUAUUUAUUCUAAUAAUUUAUCCUAUUUACCGUAAAUUAAUUUGGUUUCUUGGGUCUCAAUUCUGCUGAUUUCAGUUAUAAAUAUAUUACGCAAAGAUCUUUUUCAUGUAAAUAAUUGUUUUAACUACCUGGCCCUGAGGUGAUGAAGCAUGCCUGGACAAUAUUAGGAAUUAACUCCAAUAAGUUAUUUUACACUUGACAAUAAUUACGAUUUUACUCUUGCUUCCUCCAGUCUUUUUGCUCUUUUGUCGGGUAUUAACCAGUCACAUGGUUUGCUUAUAUUAUUUGAGCUUCAUGUGAGGUGUGCACAGAAGUAUGGAAGUGAAAUAUUGAUUCUUGAGAACAAAAAAGUUAAAUAUAAAUAGUUUAUAUCAUUUAUUCCAAAUUCACCCAUAUUACCCGGGAUAUCAUCUACCACUCAAACUGGUAGGAUCUAAUUUAUAUCUGUAUUUAAAUGAGAUUCACUAUAAGUGAGAGAGGGAGAGAGAAAUGGGGUUUAAGGUCCACUCGACACAAACUAGGUCAUUUUGGGACUAACAUAUGGUUUAAUUUUAUUUCAAUAAUUCGCUUGCGCGUAGGGGUCUUUAGCAGUGGGAGGAAACCGGAGGACCCGGAGAAAACCCACGAGUUUGGACAGGCGACCCUACUCCUUGUCACGCACUAUAAGUGAAAUAAAAGUUUGCAUUAAGGGGUCGAAGAGAAAAUAUCUAUUUAUUAAUAAUUAAUUAACAAUAUUUUAUUCAGAUUCGAUUGGGGAACAGGCUUAACCUAUAUAAAAACCCGCUGUGUAAAUCCAGGGAUCAUUAUUAAAAAAAUUGUAAAAUUUCUCCAUGAAUGCUUCAGGACCAUGUGGUGUAUGUGGUGUCUAGUUUUUUUGUUUGGUAUAUAUUUCUUGUGUGUGUGAGGUAUAUAUAUAUAUUGCGAUUUGUAAUUAUGCAGGGUUUAAACUUUAUUUCAUCAUUCCGAGUAACCCUGAAGCAUCAUCUGUAGUAGACGGUAAGAGUAGUAGAAGUUGUCUUAAAAGUUAUUCGGAAUGGCGUUUCCCAUAGGUUUACGAACCCAAGUUUACGAGAAAAACAGCAUUGAAUUUAAUUAUUAUUAUAAUUAUUGUUUUUUGUACAUAGAUUGAAACAAGCUAUAUAUUUGUAUUGUAAAAAUUGUAAAUAAGAGGUCACGUUAUUGUGAAUUUAUUAAUGUAAAAAAAAACGUGUUGUUGAAAAUUCCUAUUUUGAUUGGUCACGUCAUUUAUCUAUGAAAAUGGCUGUCGAACAAUGCAGGAAUAUUCCACAAUGCUGUAAGGGAUUCUAAGACGUAGAAAAGAGGAAAGAUUUUUAAAUUUUAGUUGAAUUUUGAAAUAUCUUAGUUUGAAUAUUUGUAGCUAAAGCAAAAAUUAGGAAAUUACGCUAAAACUUUAGUUUGUAUAUCCGCGUGAACAAUACAAUCAAAUUAAUUGAGAUAUUGGAAUGUGUUGAGAUAACCAAAUAUGGUUGGAUAACAUCACAAUAUGUUAAGAAUGUGUAUUGAGAUAUACAAAAGCGUGUAUUGGUACAUGAAUAUUGCCAUGUGUAUUGAGAUAUCUAUCUGUGUAUUUCAAUGUCAUGAUGUGUAGUUAUCAUGUCUAAUGGGUUAUCUAAAUGUAUAUUGAGAUAUUAUCAUGUAUAGUGAUAUACAACAAUAUUUAUUGAUCACUGUGUAUUCUUAUAUCUACAUUUGUAGAUGCUGCAUGUAUUAAGAGACCCAUACUGAUGUGUAUUGAACUAUUGGAUGAGAUUGUGGAAUGUGUAUUGAACUAUUGGUUGAGAUAUUGCAAUGUAUAUUGAACUUGUUGAAUAUUUGAGAAUUGUAUUAAAAUCAAACUGACUGCUGUACUGUAUUUAUUAAGAAAAAAAUCCUGUAAUUGUGAUGGCCAUAUUCAAGUGCCUUUGAAUAAAUGUGAUUUUAUAUAAA